AUGGGAGGUGCAGGCGCCGCAGUCUCGAGCCAGGGCCUCGCCUGCGCGCCCCCGGCCGCCGUCAUUCUGAACCCGCGGGCGCGGCGCGCUUCCCCAGGCAGCGGCGGCCACAGGAGCAGCCCCCAGCAGCCACUGAGGAGCAGUAGCGACCUGCCACCGACGCCCACCGUCGCCUGCCGAGCUCGCUCUCGGUCUUCUUCCUCGUCUAAUGUGAACUUUGGGCGAGGGGACGAUGCGGACAAGUUGCUCGAGGAUUUGCUCAAACAGCACGGCGAGGUGGUGUACAGCUCCGGUGGACCUCCGUCUCCCACCGUUGAGGCCGACGACGAUGCUGAGUGCUUGUCCUUUGCUGUCUCGUUGGCUAAAGCUGCAAGUGAGAUAAAGGCUACUGAUAUCCGUGUACUUUGCGUGAAGCGGCUUGUCUACUGGACUAGAUUCUUCAUCAUUCUCACUGCCUUCUCAAAUGCUCAGAUAGAUGCUAUCAGCGCCUUGCCGUGGAAGGAAAUGGCGCAGGCCCUCCCCGAGACCCCGUCGCUCGCCGGCCGCCGAGUGGCGUUCACGACGCCGCAGACGGGCGGCGGCGGCGCCUACGGCGGCCGCUUGGGCGCGCUCCUGCUGCAGCGCGGCGCGCAUCCGGUCCCCGUGCCCACCAUCGCCGUCCACCCGCACGACCCCGACCGCCUCCGCCCCUUCCUCCUGCCCGGCACCCUGGACCCCUUCGCCGCACUCGCGUUCACCUCCCGCUCCGGCAUCUCCGCCUUCGCCCGCGCCCUCUCCUCGUCCUCCCACCACCCCCUCUCCGACGCCUCCGCGCUCCCCUUCACCGUCGCGGCGCUGGGCAGCGACGCGGACCUCCUGGACCACGCGUUCCUCUCGCGCCUCUGCGGCGCCGCCGCCGGGACGAGGGUGUCCGUGCUCGUCCCCGACGUGCCCACCCCGGCCGGCCUCGUGGAGGCGCUGGGCCGCGGGUCCGGCCGCCGCGUGCUCUGCCCCGUCCCUGACGUCGUCGGCCUCCGCGAGCCUCCCGUCGUGCCGGACUUCCUCGCGGGGCUCGAGGCGGCCGGGUGGGUAGCCGUGCGCGCGCCGGCGUACACCACGUGCUGGGCCGGGCCGCGCUGCGCGGAGGCGCUGGUGGAUCCGGACGCUGCGCCGCUCGACGCCGUCGUGUUCACGAGCACGGCCGAGGUGGAGGGGCUGCUCAAGGGGCUGGAUUCCGCGGGGUGGACCUGGGCGCGGCUGACGGCGCGUUGGCCCGGCAUGGUCGUGGCCGCGCACGGGCCGGUCACCGCCGGUGGCGCGAGGGGCCUCGGCGUUGAGGUGGACAUCAAUAUUCCUGUUGAUGCUUAUAAGAGAAGGUUGGUUUGGAUCGGAGCUCAGCAUCACUUGCCACUGUCUGAGAACAUGGUGAGCUCAAACAAGGGCAAAGUAUGUGUAACUGGGGCUUCAGGCUUUGUUGCCUCUUGGCUUAUCAGACGGCUUCUCGAGUCUGGAUAUCAUGUGGUAGGGACUGUCAGAGACCCAGGAAAUCACCAAAAGACGGCAUACCUUUGGAAGUUACCUGGUGCCAAAGAGAGGCUGCAAAUUGUGCGAGCUGAUCUGUUGGAAGAAGGGAGCUUUGACAAAGCCGUGAUGGACUGUGAUGGCGUCUUCCACACUGCAUCCCCUGUCCUCGCUAAAUCUGAUUCUAGUAGCAAGGAGGAAACACUCGUUCCAGCAGUAAACGGUACUCUGAAUGUGCUAAGAUCAUGCAAGAAGAACCCAUUUCUGAAAAGGGUUGUUCUUACAUCUUCAUCAUCUGCUGUGAGGAUUAGGGAUGAUGAUCAGCCUAAUAUCUCACUGGAUGAAACAACAUGGAGCUCUGUGCCGCUCUGUGAAAAGAUGCAGCUAUGGUAUGCCCUAGCGAAGGUAUUUGCAGAGAAAGCGGCAUGGGAAUUUGCCAAGGAGAACAACAUUGACCUUGUGACUGUUCUUCCAUCAUUCGUGAUCGGGCCUAGUUUAUCCCAUGAACUAUGUAUUACCGCUUCAGAUGUCCUAGGCUUAUUCCAAGGUGACACGGCAAGGUUCAGUUCUUACGGAAGAAUGGGAUACGUUCACAUCGACGAUGUUGCCAGCAGCCAUAUCCUGGUGUACGAGGCCCCCGAGGCCACUGGGAGAUACCUGUGCAGCUCGGUGGUGCUGGACAACGACGAGCUGGUCUCCUUGCUCGCAAAACGAUACCCGAUAUUCCCCAUACCCCGGAGAUUGAACAGCCCUUACGGCAAGCAGUCGUACCAGCUGAACACGUCGAAGCUGCAGGGGCUGGGCUUCAAGUUCAGAGGAGUGCAGGAGAUGUUCGACGACUGUGUCCAGUCGCUCAAAGACCAGGGUCACCUGCUGGAGUGCCCCCUGUGA